UCAUUCGAGCGCGCAACAUCUAAUCACAUGUACCAGUCCCACCGAAGCGGUUGUGAGAAUCUGCACUAGUGGAAGUGUUAAUUGGAGGACAAAGAACUCAAAUCAAUCUCGGAGACAGCAUAAAAUUAGAACGAUGAAAGCGUUCAUCUCGCUUGGGCUGUUGAUAUUCGUGCUCGCACAGUGCGCCCUGUCCGUGCCACUCCCGCAAUUUCUUACGUUCCGCGAUGGGAAGUUCGGAGUGAACUUUGGUGGAUACCACGCGGAGGCGGGUCUGGGAGGUUUGCUGACGGGCAACUCAGCCCACGGUGGCCUUUCCGCGUCAGCCGGAACUCCCCAUGGACAGCAGGCCGGAGCCGGACUCGGUGGAAUCGUCGGAGGCAACGGUAACGCACGGACCGCAGGAGGAGCAUAUGCUGGAGCCACGGCCGGACAUGGCGUUGGUGCCAGUGCUGCGAUUGGAGGAGGACUCGAUGAAGCCGGUGGAGCUGGCGGCGUUGGCGCUGAAUCUCAUGCCGGAGGUCUGAGCACGAAGGUAGUUAAGCUGGGACAAACCAACGCAGGAGCACCACCGACCGAGGUUGUCAUUUCCAAGCAGCAUGGACAUGAGGCAACCUUCACACGGAUCGAUAACCACGAUUACUCGAAGGAACUGCACACCGAACUGACGGCUCCGGCCGCACAUCCGGCACCAGAGCAAAGCUUCACAAAGACUAAAACCUUUUACAAGAAGAAAGUUAUCAGCCAUCCGCACAAGGUUGCGGUAGUGCAGACUUCUUCGUUUGAUGGCGGACCAUCGCCGGGCUUGGACAUAAGUCGUUUCUUCGACUUCCAAGCGUUCUCCAACUUGGGUGCCCAAUACGCUCACCCACCAUUGCCUCCACCGCCACCGCCGCUACCGGCACCGAUCGUACACCACCAUAAGACCAUUGUGAAAGAGUCGUCCUUUCAACCCACCUUCCAAAAAGAGAUCCACACUCGGGUAGAUUCCUCUAAUGGGCACAGCGCCGGUGGAAGCAGCACUCGCGUGGUCGCCAGCUCCACUCAUAACUCCAACUUCUGGAACGAUAUAUUCAAUAUUCCGAUCUCCACGCUGUCGGCCGUUAACCAGUUUCUGAACAACAAAUCCGGAAGCGGAACCGUUCAUGUCGAGAAGCGCGUUGAAGUCCACUAAUGCAUACAUCAUAAGAACAUUCUUUAGAUAACACCACGUGAGGGUCACAUAAUGGAUUAAUACGAUCGUUUUUAAUGGACACCUCCAUUUUUAAAACGCGCAAUAAAAAGUACAUAGCGG